UUUCCCUAUUCUAUUUUCAUUUUUUUUACUCUCAGAAUAAAUAAGAUUUUGAAUCUUCCACAAAUUUCUCUCUUUCUCUCUUUCUUUGUUCUCUGCUGAAAUGUAGUAACGAUUGAAUUGAGGGGGAAAAAGAAGAUUUUAAUUGCUUAGAAACUCUUUGUUUUUUUUUUUUAAAUUGGAGUUAAGUUUGACAGACGGUUGUGCGUGGAUUCGGAGUGCAACCUAAGUCCGAUGGCUACAACUUUCAGUCCAGGUCGGAGCCCGGGGGUUCAAUGCUUCAGUUAGGAGCAGGCAGUGGAGUGUCGAGGCUUAGAUCUUCGCUUAAGAAGCCACCGGAGCCGUUGCGUCGUGCGGUGGUAGAUUGUCUUUCGUCUUCUUCGCUUGCAGCGGUGGUUGGAGGAGUUAGCUCGCAUCACCAAGGGGGUCCUUUGGUUUUAACUGAAGCUUCAAGGACGCUUCGGGUUCGUAAUUUUCGUCUUCUUCGUUUUCUCAGAGAAUUUUGCAGAGAGGCAGCCAAUCCAUAGCUAUUUUCAUAACAUUAAAGCUUUACUUUUUCUGCACCUUUUUUUUUUUUAGUUUAACUUUUAAUUUUUCUUCUCUCUGGGUUUCAUUGAUAUUGUAAUGAGAAACUUGAAUCAGAUCCAUGGGAGCUAGUUCCAUCAAAUCAUCUCAAAAGAACCCAUUUUUCACACCAAAAACACCCAUAAUUUCCCAAGCUCCACCCAGAUCCAUCUUCAUAUAAUCCCAAUUUCCUUUUCUAUUAAAAACCCAUUUUUUCUUCAUCUAAAUUAAGACACCCAGAUCCUCAAAACCCAAAAAGAAACCAUGAAAAACCAAUCGAAAAUGUUCACGACAAGUAUUUGUUAAGUAAUUACUAAGCAAUUACGGUUUCAAAUACCCAAUCUUCUUAACCAUGUGUCACAUGACAGCUUGUUCUUUGUUAAGCUACAUCGCAAUUGCAUGGAUGAAGAUGGUUCCAAUGCAGACCAUUCGAUCUAGGGUUCAGUUUUUCAAGAUCACGACUUUGAGUUUAGUCUUUUGUGUGUCGGUGGUGUUUGGGAAUAUUUCUUUGAGGUAUUUGCCGGUUAGUUUCAAUCAGGCUAUCGGUGCUAUGACACCGUUUUUCACUUCGGUUUUCGCUUACUUGAUGACAUUGAAGAGGGAAGGUUGGCUUACUUAUAUUACUCUAGUCCCUGUUGUUACUGGGGUUAUCAUUGCUAGUGGGAUUCUUAUUUUUCAUUAUUGUUGCAUAUAUGGUGAACCGAGUUUCCAUCUAUUUGGGUUUAUCAUGUGCAUUUCAGCUACGGCUGCACGAGCUUUCAAGUCAGUUUUACAAGGAAUUUUGCUUUCAUCCGAAGGAGAGAAGCCGAAUUCCAUAAACCUUCUCCUUUACAUGGCUCCGAUAGCUGUCGUAUUUCUACUUCCAGCAACACUCAUUAUGGAGGAAAAUGUGGUGGGUAUAACCCUUGCCCUUGCCCGAGAUGAUGUCAAGAUCAUAUGGUAUCUACUAUUCAAUUCAGCACUAGCAUACUUUGUGAAUUUGACCAACUUUUUGGUCACGAAACACACCAACGCCCUAACUUUGCAGGUACACUUAUCACCGUCGUCUUUUAGUUGUUCAUAUAACAAACACAGUUCCUAGUAAAUGCAAGAGACAUCAGUGCUGCUGAAGAAGCAACUGCAGUUUUUGGUCAAGCAACUGCUCUUUGUGUUCAAAAGCAGUACGUGGAUCAUGGGGCAGCUAGCCCAAAUUUGUAUAUUUCCAGUGAGGAUUAUAAUUUGGUUUUGUCGUGGAAUACAUUGAAUCUGAGAACUUGAGUGAUCUAGAAGAUGUUGAUACAUGUCUUAAGGUUUGGAGCCAUUAAACACUGGUAGUGUUUUCUUUAUGGUUCAGACUGCGAGAGUGGAGAGGAGGAUAAAUGGGACAAAUAACAACAGCAAAUUGGUGUAUGUAGAGGAAAGCUUAAAUUUUUAUUUUGUAGCAUUAAGUUUUCUGUAGCAUUAAGUUUUUAUUUUGUAUGCAUUGGUGUAUGUGAUUUUAUCAUAAGGAUAAAUGUUUUCUGUAGCUAUCUUUCCAUUGUUUAUUUUAGUUUUGAUUCUAAAUUUUAUUUUUACUUUAAUAUUUACGGCAA